CUCCGCGGCCGCGUGGAGGGCGGUACGCGCCUCGGGGAACCGGCGGGCAGCCGAGCGCCGGCGCCCUCCGCGCGAGCACGGCCGUCCCGCACCCGGGCUGCAGUUUUGGCCGAGCGUGAAGACUUUAGGGAGCAGGUGACUGAGGAAGCGGAAUUCACCCUCUCUCCUGGCAUAGCCGGUGCUGAUGGCUGGGAACAAAGGCAGGGGGCGUGCUGCCUAUACCUUCAGUAUCGAGGCUGUGGGGUUCAGCAGAGGAGACAAGUUACCUGAUGUAGUGUUGAAACCACCGCCGGUGUUUCCGGAUACAGAUUAUAAGCCAGUGCCGCUGAAAACGGGGGAAGAUGAAGAGUAUAUGCUGGCUUUGAAACAGGAACUGAGAGAAACCAUGAAACGAAUGCCUUACUUUAUUGAGCCACCUGAGGAAAAGCAAGAUAUUGAAAGGUAUAGCAAAAGAUGUAUGAAGGUAUACAAAGAAGAGUGGAUACCAGAUUGGAGAAGGCUUCCAAGAGAGAUGAUGCCAAGAAAAAAAUGUAAAAAAGCUGGACCAAAAUCCAGGAUGGCCGAUGACACUAGGCAGGCCUCGGCACUGCCUAGCACCGUGGACGUGUUGAAGAAGAUCGAGGAAUUGGAAAAGAGAGGUGAUGGUGAGAAGUCAGACGAGGAAAAUGAAGAGAAAGAAGGCAGCAAAGAGAAGAACCAAGAAGGUGACCACGACGAUGACGAUGAUGAAGCCGCAGAGGAGGAGGAGUAUGACGAGGAAGAGCAGGAGGAGGAAAAUGACUACAUUAAUUCCUACUUUGACAAUGGCGACGACUUUGGUGCCGACAGUGACGACAACAUGGACGAAGCAACCUACUAGCCAUGAGGUUUCUCAGAAAGUAUUUUUAUAGUGCAGCUUCCAGGCAUUUGGACAGACUCAUUUUCUGUUUUAUUUCUGAGAAGCAAUGGGUGCCUGUUUUAUUUUCGUUACCCUUUUGUGGGCAGAUACUGAGACUCGGUACCAGCAUUCUCAGAACCCUGUUUCUGCAGUAGUCGCCUUGUACAAAACCUGUCCCUGGCACUCCAACAUUCCCGCUAGACACCUGCUCCUAGUUCUCUCGCGGAUGCAUUUGUGUUGUUAGAGUUGGAUCUGCCUUUUGACUUUUUACAUCUCUUCAUCUGUGUAUCCGUACUUGAACAAACCAUUCUUGUGUUAACUGCUGA